GGAAGUGUUUGUUGCUCACUACUGGAAGUGAAUUGUCUGUGCACUGAGUGACUUUCACCGUCCCCCGUAUGACAAACGGAUUGGUAAACUGUUUACAAGAGAUACAUCAAUAUAGACGUGUUUGUAAAACAACGAGCCAUUGUAUGGUUCUUAAAAUCGUGUAAAAACGAAAUAGAUGCUUGCUUUGAUCUUAAAAUACAGUUAACAAAAACACAACAAUAUUUUGUAAGUCUAUUGCAAGAUCCACUUCCCAGUUUCAUGUUAUGGGCAAGAAGAGGAGUUUGUGCUGGUGCUGGACGGUCAAUGUUGUCAGAUUUAAAUGUCUUUCUUUAAGCAGGUGUACGUAACAUAGUAUCAGGAAGGUGUAACCAUGCCAGGAAAGCUAAAGGUUAGAAUUGUUGCUGGACGACAUCUGCCUGUUAUGGACAGGGCCAGCGACCUAACUGAUGCUUUUGUAGAGGUUAAAUUUGGAAACACAACAUUUAAGACCGAUGUAUUUCCCAAAUCUCUAAAUCCCCAAUGGAACUCAGAGUGGUUUAAAUUUGAGGUGGAUGAUGAAGACUUACAAGACGAGCCACUGCAAAUCACAGUUCUUGACCAUGAUACCUACAGUGCCAAUGAUGCUAUUGGCAAAGUUUAUAUAGAUAUUGAUCCUCUGCUGUCCAGCGAAGCUGCCACUGUAAUCUCUGGGUGGUUUCCAAUUUAUGACACUAUACAUGGUAUACGAGGGGAAAUAAAUGUUGUUGUUAAGGUGGACCUGUUUAAUGACUUAAACCGUUUUAGACAGUCAUCGUGUGGAGUCAAGUUCUUUUGCACUACAUCCAUUCCCAAGUGCUAUAAGGUAGUUACAGUCCAUGGAUUCGUAGAGGAAUUGGUGGUGAAUGAAGACCCAGAGUACCAGUGGAUUGACAGAAUCAGAACACCCCGGGCAUCCAAUGAAGCACGACAGAGACUCAUCUCUCUGAUGUCUGGUGAGCUUCAAAGGAAAAUUGGCUUAAAGGUUCUGGAAAUGGGAGGCAAUGCAGUUGUGGGCUACCUUCAAUGCUUCGAUCUAGAGGGAGAGUCUGGGCUAGUAGUGCGAGCUAUUGGAACAGCCUGUACCCUGGAUAAACUAAGUAACCCUUCUGCAGCACUCCUACCUGCAUGCAAUUCCCCAUCCAAAGAAAUAAAAGAGUCUCCACUGGUUCACCCGCCAAGCCAUGGAUGUCGCUCGACCCACAACAGCCCAAUUCACACUGCUUCCGGCUCACGACUAACUCAGAACUUCUCUGUGUCUGUUCCUACUCUCAUCUACACUGGUAUGAGACUGCAUAGGCUCAGGAGCUGGGGAGAGACGGGCCAUGAGCACAGGGGUCAGAAUCUAAAGCCAGGCAGGCAGUGUAGGACUCCCUUCAGUGAAGAUCCCAACCCUAAUACUCAUUCAUCAGGACCCUCCACCCCACUGAAAAACCAAACUUAUUCCUUUUCACCUUCCAAGUCCUACAGUCGACAGUCCUCUUCUUCUGACACAGAUUUGAGUUUGACACCUAAAACUGCCACUUCCCCCAAGGGGCCUAGGAUUUGCCUGAGUCCCAGCUCCCCUACUCUGUCCUCUGAUUUCCUAACUCUUACAAACACUUUUCAACUUCCCAUGGGGUCUGGGACUAGUCUUACUCCUCACUCUGGCCAUGCAAACCCAGUUGGUCUGAGGAAAACUGUCUCUUUCAGUGAGGAUUUGCUUCUGGCUGCCUCUGGAAUGGGAAGUGGUGGGAGUGCUGGGAAGGAAGGAGGACCACCAAAAACCCUUUUAAGGCAACAAACCCAGACAGCGCUUGAGCAGAGGGAAUUCCCAUUUUUCACCCUGACAUGUUUUCCUCCGGGUUUCCUUGUCCAUGUUGGUGGUGUAGUCAGUGCACGGUCAGUGAAGCUUCUGGAUCGUAUCCACAAUCCUGCCUUUGUCGGAAUAAUGGGUAACACAAGAUCAUACAAACUGCUAGACUGGAAUAGUUUCUCUGCAGAUGAACCUGAAACCCGUGAUGCCUGGUGGGAAGAAAUCAGACAAGAGAUCAAAUCUCACGCCAAAGCACUAGGAUGUCACGCUGUGAUUGGUUACAGUGAAUCAACCAGCAUCUGUGAAGAAGUCUGCAUCCUAUCUGCAUCUGGCACAGCAGCAGUACUUAAUCCCAAGUUCCUCCAAGACGGCAGCUUGGAUAACUACAGUGAACACAGGUUGUCAAGGCAGCCUACCUACUUUUCCACAGGGUCAGAGAAGGGAGAGUUUGAUUUUUUUCCUCUGAGCAAGGAUAGUUCUUCCGUGUUAGGAUUAGAAGAGCCUUCUCCUCCCAGUUGUGGGUUUUGCCAUAUUCCCUAUGAUGAGCUCAACAUGCCUUUCCCAGCACAUCUCACCUACUGCUAUAACUGCCGGAAGCAGAAAGUCCCAGAUGUACUUUUCACAACAAUAGAUUUGCCUGUAGAAGCAGCAGUAACUGGAAAAGGAUGCCUCAUCCAGGCCAGAUUAUGCCGUCUUAAGAAAAAGGCUCAGGGAGAGGCAAAUGCAACAGCCAUCAGUAACUUGCUGCCAUUCAUGGAAUACGAGCUGCACACCCAGCUAAUGAACAAGCUGAAACUAAGAGGAAUGAAUGCCCUCUUCGGACUCCGAAUUCAGAUCAGUGUGGGGGAAAACAUGCUGGUUGGGCUGGCAUCUGCUACAGGUGUCUAUCUCACUGCAUUGCCAACUCCUGGUGGUAUUCAGAUUGCUGGGAAGACACCAAGUGAUAUGACAUAUGAGCAACAUAUAUCAAACAUGCAGAAGAAGAUCAAUGACACCAUCGCUAAAAACAAAGAGCUUUAUGAGAUUACCCCUCCUAAAUUGUUUACCCUGGAUCCAGAAGUGUCAACCUUCAAAGGCCAAAAUACGGAGAUAAGUGAGGAAGUUAUCGGAUCACCAAUUCCAGAACCUAGGCAGCGUUCCAGAAUCUUCAGGUCCCACUCAGAAAGCUCUGAUGAGAUUUCAGAGCUGGACCUGUCGCAUGGAAAGAAGGAUGCCUUUGUUCUUGAGAUUGAUGAUGCUGAUGCUGUAGAAGAUAUCCAUUCUUUACUAAUAGAUGCCCCACUACCUGCAGGCUUUUACAGCUGCAAUACAGAGAUCAUGCCAGGGAUUUACAACUGGACAACUGGUUUACAGAUGUUUACCUCUGUGAGAGUAUUCAGGUUAAACAAUGUCAAUCUGACAAACCAAGGACUCAACAAGAUUUUUAAUGAUCUCUGUGAGAAUCUGUUAAAGAGUCUGUAUUUUAAAUUGCGUUCCAUGAUCCCGUGCUGCCUCUGUCAUGUGAACUUUACAGUUGCUGUGCCAGAGGAUGAAUUAAUUCAGGUGGCUGUUACAGCAGUGGCAAUGACUUUUGACAAAGACCAAGCUCAAGAGAGUUGGAAAGCUAGUGUCGAUAAGGCACUCAUGAAAGUCAUUGCAGAAAAUGAGGAACAGCUCCAGUUCCCAUUAGAACUGUGCUCUGACUCGCCAGGUGCACAGCUCUUCUCACCCAGGAAAGGGCUACUGGAGAGUGCGAGCGCACAGGCAAUACCAGGAGCUCAGAGAGCCACCUCAGUUGAGUACAGUUCCUUUGCAAACAGAUGCAACAGCUGGAUAGAGCUCGUUAAAGUGAAAGCUCUGACCAUAAGACGAGGAUCAAUUAAGACAACAUCUUCUCUUGAAAAAGCCAGUCCGCAGGCUGAAGGUCAUGCGCGUGUACGUUCUACUACAGCAUACACAGGCUCUACCAUUACAGUCGUCAAGAUGACUCCACUGUCUUUCAUCCCUGGAGCAAAAAUAAUCAAAUAUGUCGGCAUCAUCAACAUGUUCUUCAUUCGAGAGACCACGUCUCUACGUGAGGAAGGUGGUGUCAGUGGGUUUCUCCAUGCUUUCAUUGCAGAGGUGUUUGCCAUGGUGAGAGCUCACGUUGCAGCUUUGGGAGGAAAUGCAGUUGUCUCUUAUAUAAUGAAAGAAUGUGUUUUUAUGGAGAAUCCAAAUAAAAAUCAGGCUCAGUGUCUUAUCAAUGUAAGUGGUGAUGCAGUAAUCUUUGUCCGUGAGUCUGAAUUAGAAGCUAUACCUGUACAGCCCCAGACAACUUCAUCACAAGCUUCCAAUAGUGGCGCUGAUGUUACUACCUGAAGACAACUUAAAAGACUGUUCUCAGAGCAAACAUGCUCAUUUCUGAACUGGGAGCCUUAAAUCCAUGUUACUUCCAGAUUCAGUCUUUCUCUCUAGUAUUCUCUACAACCUGUAAUGGGAUGAUCAGGAGUGAAGUGAUGUACAAAAUAAAAAUAAAUGUACAUUCAGUAGCCUGGGCUCACAGGGACAGAAACCAUGAUUUCCAAAGCACAAACUGUUUAAACUUCCAUGUAACAUGGUGUUCUCUGUAACUCCAUUAAAAAAAAUCUGUCCACUGGUUUUAGAUAAGACUGGACCUUACACAUGUCAGAAUUCAGGCAGCUUUACUCAGUGUUUUAUUUAAACACUUCCAGUUAAUUUAUUGUAGCACCUAAAAAUACACAUAGUGGGGUCUUUUCAAUUGAUCAAAACCGUGGCAAGUGUAUUUACCACUACUGAGAUAAUUAGAAUGUGUGUUCAGAUGUUAUUAACAUUUCUUUAGUGUGUUUCUGUCUGUAAAAAUACAUAAAUUGAGUCUUAUUUAGUGAUUUAAAGGACAGUGGUAUUAAGAUCCACCAACAUUUAGAAUGAUUGAAAGGCCCCAAUAUGUUUUACAAGGCAGAAUGGUACGAUAAAAAUUCAAGUACUUUACAGGUAAACUGGAAGAAUAAGGCAGUAUAUGCCAUUUAAUGAAUGCUACAAUCAUGUUCAGUGUGUACCAAAUUAGUAGUAAUAAAUUCACUAUUACCUUCAUCAGCUGCAUCCACAUGGACAGUGACUGUGUUAUAACUUUUUGCAGCUAAAUCUAGUGGCAAGUUUUUUUUCAAGCUUAUAUUUGUGUAACAUUUCGCUAGACUAGUGUGCUAAUAUACGUGUUUAGUUAAAUUGCUUUCUCAUAACUGCUAAACCGUGUAGAAACAGCUUUUGAUUUGGUAUAAUAGCUUUAAAUUGGAAACACAAUGUUAAUCUGACAGCUGUGCUUUCAUAAAAUUGAGUUUCAUAAACGUGUGUACUACUGAACUUGUAUGUACUUUUUGUUAAAUGUUCGAAAUUAUAAAUGUAGUGACAGUAAUAUUUUGUUGUAGAUGCCACAAAACCCAUUAGUGUAAAUGUGUACGAAAAUCAGAAUGGUAUUUUUGUAAUAUUGAAGUAUUUAAGUAUACAGUAGAUAUUGUGCGUGUUUAUGUCAAAUUUAAAACCUAGGUUUGAUUUGAUUACUGAAAUGGACUGUGCUAUACAGCAAACCAUUUUUGUGGUAAUUGUAAUGCAGGUUUAAUCCAUUUAAGACUUGAAUGUAUAUAGAGCACUGCAUUUGUUGCUUGCUUUAAUUAGCAGCAUGCUUGCCUUUCAUUUAAACUGCAAUUAUCUUUGACAUUAGCUGGAAGAUUUGAUCUUGCACAAUAAAAUUAAAACUGCUAUUCAAGAAGUGUGUAAUGUUAUAGUGUUCGAUUUGCAGGUACAUAAAUGCUUCUCAAACAUGCUUUGUCAGAAAUACAGUGCCUUGCGAAAGUAUUCGGCCCCCUUGAACUUUGCGACCUUUUGCCACAUU